AAAUAAAACGUUUGCAUGAUUCUUCCUUAAAGGUCACAUGAUUUCAACGCAGAAUGUAAACACUAAGGAUCGAAAGUGAUCGGACAUCAUAGGUCCAAAGUCUACGGAAACUUUUCUAAUUGAAGAUUGAGAAAGAAAAUGAAGCGGACAUCAUACACUGAACUAAUCUUCUACGUCUCACUAACUUUAUUGUGUACAUCUACUGUUUUAUGUGAUGAGGAAAAGAAAAGUGAAGGUGAGAAUUGGUGUGUGUACGUGAAGGGUCGACGUGGGAUUGACAUUGUGACCGUUCCAUGUACAGAGAAAAUCAAAACCAGCUGUGGCUGGUUCAGUAUAUCCUACUGUACCAUGUACAGAAAAACAUACUGUAAAAAGGAAUUAAACACAACAAAAAUAUUUUACUACAAAACAACAGACUGCUGUGAAGGCUUUGUGAAAACACCCAACAAUACUUGUGUCAAUGAAACUGCUCUUGAUCCUCAACUUAGAAGAAUAAUAGAGAAUACCACAGCAGUUGAUAACAAACAUGAGGACUUUAUAGUGGACCCUAGAAACAUUGUUUCAUAUGAAGAGGCUCCAUUUCUCCAUGAACCAUCGCCCAUUCGUAAACAAGUAAACAGUGAAUCCAGCAUCAACUUGUCUCAGGGGGCAUAUGCUGGAAUAGCUUGUGCUGUUCUAUUUCUUGUUGUAAUAGCUGUCUUUAUUGGAAUUGCAGUUAGGAAAAAGAGGGUAAGGAAUCAAAAAGGAAGGAAGAGCAUUAAUAUGAGAGAUAGCGAGAUAGGAGAGAGGGUAGCUUUCCACACCUCUCCCAUUGAAAAAACCAAGAAAGGGAGCAAGUUGUCCCACACUGAGGAGACUGAGCGGGUCCAGCUUGCUGCAGAGGAAACCUGAUCACUGACACAGGAAUAUCUCAGGACUGAAGUGUUAAAUUAUGGUCAAGUCUUUCAGUGAAGCUGUUUAGUGAUCCAUCAUUCCAUUUACGGUGAUUUUGAUAUUAAAAUUGUCCAACCAGUUCAUAUCCGUAGUACUGGUAUGUUUGGUAAAUAACCACUAACAGCAGUGUCGAAAAUUCCAUUAUAUUUUUCUAUUGUGUAUAUGCUAGGAUUUUGCUCAAGAAAGUUUUCGCGAAUGGAAUGCACAAUUCGCACAGAAAGCUGUUUCUUUAAACACCAAAUGAAUGUUUUUCUAUUGAUUGCAGAAACUAUUUUGUGACUAUGUAAGAACAUGAUAAAAUUAAACAUUCUUUGUUCUAACAAAACAGAUUUGAAAAAAGCUUACGAUACAUGUUUCAUGUGAUUUAUUUUAGUGAUAUAGAAUGUGGAAAGAAUUUAGAUAUAUAUAUGGACAGUUGAGUACCAGUAUUUCUGAGAUGAAACAAUGAUUUUAUAAUUUAUUAAUAAUAGGAAAACCUACAUUCAUCAUGUACAUUUUUUUCUAUAUUCGCUGGUAGAUACUGUUUCACUUUGUGGUUUUUUUUCUUCUUUUUUAAUAUCAAAUGCAUUUAUUGAUUCUAAAAAAAAAAUAAUUGUAACGUUCAGUUCAUUAUAGCUCCUUUGAUCUUUUCAAAUUAAUCAAGAGUUUACCAUUAUUGAGAUUGACAAAACAAUUAUGUAAAUAGUCUGAUUUAUUUAUUAUAUUACUGUCGUUGUGUUUUAUUGCACUUAAAAGUCAAUAUCGUAUUAUCCUUGGAAACAAGAUUCAAGUGCACUGGGUUUCACAAUACAAUGGGGGAUUUAAAAUUCUCCCACAAAGUAAAGAUUUCUGGUUACAAAAUACUUAGCACACUCAGUCUUACAACCCACAUAUUAAAGUCUUUGUGGAUAGAUAUCCAUAGUGUUUUUGUGUGUGUUUUUUUUUUAAUUUUAUUUUUACUAACUCUUCAUUCUUUAAUCAAUGUUAUAUGAUAUCAUAUUUAAUCAUGCUGACGUGUUAUAUUUGUUGAUAUUUGGGCUACAUAAACAUUUUCACAUUUCAAACAAUUGUUUUCAGAACUGCAUAUUCAUGUAUGUACUAGUACAUGAAAGUGUAAUGCCUUACAAUCUGUGGAAUGCAGUUUUUGUCAUUAAGAAAAAUUGUUGUUUCUUCUGUAGAUAUUGACAAGAUUUUUCAUAAUGAAUUGAGAUUAUAGAAAAACUAGUAGAUGCAUACUAGUUGAGUCUGCAAGGGGACUUCUAUUUAAAAUUACUGGGGUACAUAUAUUUAUGUGUAAAAUUAUAUACACUGUGUGUAUAUGAUGAGAGAGAGAGAGAGAGAGGAGAGAGAGAGAGAGAGAGAGGAGAGAGAGAGGAGAGAGAGAGAGAGAGAGAGAGAGAGAGAGAGAGAAUAAAUCUCAGGGAAAUUAGAAUUUUUAGAUCAGUGGGGCUGUAUAUGAAUGGACUAGAACUCCGACAGUACAAUCCCUCAGGCUUGCCGAAUUCUUCACAAUGUGGGACAAUUCAUUGCUUAGUUUUUGGAUCUGAUGAUUAAGGGACAGUGCAUUGCAUCAUAAGGUGUUGUGUUUUGUGUCAUUCUUUGUGGAAUGAACACAAAAUCUGUGGCUUGCAAUGAUAAGAACAAUUUAGAUCAAUACAAGAUAUUUACUUAUUACUAAGUUAUUGUUAUGAUCUCUGAGGAGACAUGUAUUACUGUAAUUUGUUAUAAUAGUUAUGUUUAAACUCCAACUUAUUUGUAUUUCUUUUGUACAGAGUCUUGCCCUUAUAUCUGUAUCAAUGUUGAGUUAAUAAAGAUUUGAUAUGGUA